CACUUAUCGAAAUUAGGACAACCCUCCUCCGAAUUGUUGGUCAAACACCAUGGCGGAAAACCGGACGAACGAGUUCAUGGCGCUGGCCCGCGGCCUCCCAAMGAACGGCGGGCUUCCCCCGCAAAUCCUGUCGCCGCCAACGGCGGGAAGGAACACCCCCGGCGAUCGGAACGCGGGMAGCGCCUCCCAGCUCCGGGAGUUUCACAACACGGCCGGUGGGAUUUCCCGCGACAUUGCCGCCACCUCGGGCCUCCUGGCCGAGCUGACGCAGCUGGUCCGGCAGAAGUCCCUCUUCCAGGACGACAGCCAGAAGGUCAACGAGCUGGUCGUUCGGAUCAAGAUGGCCAUCGAGAACCUCAACGGCCGCCUGGACGCCGCAGAGCGGCAGAGCACGCAGCAAAAACGAAGCCUGGGCAAGAAUUCCCAGACGGCCCAGCAGGCCAGCAACGUGGUCGGGCAGCUCCAGGAGGAAUUCGGGCAGGCUGCGGCGGGCUUCAAAACGAUCCUCCAGCACCGGACCGACGUUCUGAAGGAAACGACGGACCGGAAGCGGGACAUUUACGGGACGAGUGGCGCCGACGUCGAGGACGUGCCCGUYCUGAACCUAGAGAACCGACCGCCAGUCUAUUACGGCGACAACCACGCCGGUSGCGGCGCGGGGCCCGCUGGGUUUCCGGCRCUGGACCUGACCAGUGGCAUGAUGGCCGCGGGAGAAUCYACAGGRUCACAAUUGCCUCGUCCGCGUAAGUUCUGGUGCUUCUUUUGUGGUUUGUUUGGUUGUUUCUUGCUUCARAAAAUGUCGUUGUUGCAAAGCGGUUGGAAGCUCCUUCCGGAAGUAUGUGUCAGGGCUGAACCCAGCGUGCGCCACCAUUCGGUACACCGGCACUGAUGUAGAGUUAUAGGACCGAACCAAUGAUUAUGGAAUGCAUGCCGGCUAGGUUUUGGGACUGGAGAUGCAAUCUUUCCCUCUAGACUCAUUGAUCUUUGCUUCUUUGUUUGUUUGUUUGUUGGUUGGUUGCUUUGCUACGCUAUCGGAUGUUCCCGCGGACGUCGUUUGCUUCACAGAUGGUGUGACACCCUCGCAGAACAACAGCAGGACGCCCAGCUAUGCACAAUCUGCCGUCCCCAGCUACUACGGCAAUUCGCAGCAAAACAACAACCAGAACCCAGCGGGCAUGCUGUCGCCCUUUGAGAUCCAGCAAAUGGAACAGGCAUCGGGGCAGGACCAGAUGAUGCAGCUGAUUCCCGACCAGGAUUACCUGCGGGACAGGGCCGACGCCAUGGAGCAGGUCGAAUCAAACAUUGUCGAGCUWGGAGCCGUGUACAACCGAUUGGCGACCAUGGUGCACGAGCACAAGGACAUGGUGCAACGCGUCGAGGACAACGUYGACGAGGCGAAUUCCAUGAUCAACCUCAGCCUCAACACGCUGACGGACACRCUGACGAAUCUGCGGUCCAACCGGGGCCUCGCCCUGAAGGUGUUCUCCAUUUUGGUCGUCUUUAUCAUUUCGUUUAUCAUAUUUUUCGCUUAGCCGRGCUCGGCUUCGUCGRAUGCGAUCCGCGAGGAGCAAAGCGGAACGAUAGUURCWCUGUGCUCCUACAAUAAYACUACAAUACAAUACAACCGAUUAC